UCAAACGUCAAAUUAUAUUUCUUUUAUCUAACCCAUUGUAGGUACACAAGAAUUUAAUAGUGAAUAAAAUUUUGGAUAUUCAACAAACACUUCAAGAGCAAAGCUUGUUCAUCAGGAGUAUUACAAAUUAACAAGCUCUUAUGGACUCUGAAGAUUCCAGAGAUGCCUCUUCGGGAAGCGAAAGCGGUGAUGAAAAAGGUAGGCGAAGUCGAGCUAGCCAGAAAUCAAGCGAAAGAGAAUCAAAUAAAUCACGUUCAUCAACAAGGUCAUCUUCUCCUCCUAGUAGACCACAGUCAGCAUCAUCAGGAGGUUCUGGAGGAAGCAGGCCUCAAUCUCCCAAAGAUCGUUCAAGGGCAUCCUCAAAUGCAAAUUCUGACAGAAGUAGAUCACGUGACUCUCAAUCUCCGGAAAACAAAAGUAGAUCCCCGAGACGUUCUUCACAAGAAACGCCUUUUACAAGAUCCGAAGGUGUUUCAACAGAGACUAGAUUAGCUAAAGUUUCGAGAAGUAGAUCACCUGAUAACAAAUCUCCUAGAGACAUAUCUCCCAAUGACAGACGUAGUGGAAGUAGAUCACAGAAUGGCAGUCGUUCCACGAGUAUGUCACCUAAUCCCCCCUCUACUAGGGAUAUGUCACCAAGUACUUACUCAAUCAAGAGUAAGUCACCUGAUUCUCGACCAGGUAGCCGAUCUCUCGAGUCUCCAGCAAUGGCCAAAUCAUUAGUUCAAAAGAACAGUAAAUCAGAAGAUAUUCAUUCACCUAGAAGUAAAUCGCCAGAUAUUCCAAAUACUCGAGUAUCCGCAAAUAGAUCUGAUAGUUUGUCGAGUUCAUCAGAUGAUGACUCUGCCCAAAAUAGUAGACGCAAUUCAACUUCACCGAGAACACGUCACAAGUCACGUGAAAGAAGUAAUAGUAGACCUUUGUCAUCUCAAGCCCCGCAAUCCCCUUCGUCACAGAGUUCAAGGAGUAGCUCUCCCAGGAGUCCCCAUAGAGGCAAUGUGCAGCAACACAAAUCUGACAGGGACAACAUAUCAGUAAAAAGUGACAGUAGCUCAAGUUCACGGAAAUCUAGAUCUAGCAGAGGGUCAAGGAAAUCUACUUCAUCUAAAGGUUCGAGAAGAACCAGGAAGAGAAAUGAUAUCUCCUCAGAUUCCAGUGAUAGCAGUGUUGACUCUUCAAGCAGGAAAAAUAAAAAUAUAGUCAAAGCUUCUGAUACUCAACCAGAAGAAAUAUCAGAUGGUGACAUUGAAUCAGACCACGAUAAAGAUGUUGUUACCACUAGCAGAAGCAAUAAUGGUCCAAAACCAGAAAUAAACAUAUCUCAUGAAGAUCUUUCUGACGUUUCUGAUUUAGAAGACUCUAUGGGAGGACACUCUGAUGAGAGAGAGGUGUUCAAUGAAGAGAAGACUAAUGGUACUCAAAGUAAGGACGAAAAAAUUCCGUCUCCUGAAGUCAAAAAGGUACCAGAGAAACCUCCAAGAUCUGAAGAAGGGGAAGAACAAUUAGAUUUCGAAGCUGAGGAUGGUGAAUGCGAGGCUGAACCGACCAAAGGAAAAGACGAAAAUGAAGAGCAACUUCCGCAGAAUGAAGAAAAAACAAAUACUGAUGAAAAACCUGAAGAGAAAGAAAAAGAAGAAAAGGAAGAGCUGGAAGAGGGAGAGGUCACGGAUGAGGACGAUGUGAGACCAGAAGAAACUGAACCUCGACCAGUUUGUAGAUUCUUCUCGAGGGGCCAGUGUACUUGGGGAGCAAGUUGUCGAUUCUUACAUCCUGGUGUGACGGAUAAGGGUAACUAUACAAUGUUCGACUUGAUACGGCCUGUGGUACCAGGAGAGUUUCGUGAUGAGAGGUUAUUUGGUAAAGUGGAACCACCGGUUAUUGAAUCUCCUUGGGAAAGAGGACUUCGUACUGCCAAAGAAAUGUUGAGGAAAUCAAUGAAGAGGAAGGAACAAGACAUAGAUUUUGAGGAGAAAAAAAUGAACCUCAGUUUGGCGCAGGAAGAAUUUGACAAAGAAAAUGGAUAUUACGGACGGGUUACAUCACCAGAACCAAGAUAUGUUCGACACGUGACUACUGAAUAUCCCGUAGCUAGACCACCUCCUGAAGACUACUUUGGAAGACGACAAGUGGUUUACGAACCGGAAUACGCCCCUGCAGCAGUGGCGCCGCCUGUUGCCCCUGUUCGAGAACGAGUGCGAUCCUACAGAGAAUUGCCUUCGCACAGGAUGCCUGACUUUUACAACAACAAAUACGAGGAAGAACCCCAACCACACCCCAGCAGCAGCAAACGAAGCAAACCCAAGAGAGAAGUGAUUGUACAGAGGGUAGAAGAAAGACCAGGUAGAGGAGAUGAAUGGUCAGAUCCGUGGAUGAGAUCCAAAUCACCAGCAGGACGAAGGAAAGAUUCCGGAAGAAAAAGGUCAUACAGUUCAGGAUCAUCUUAUUCAUCCAGCAGUACUUCUCGUAGUUCCUCUGCCUCCAGCCGAAGUUCGUACAGAUCAAGGUCUCCAUCGAGGCACCGUAGGCGUGGGUCACGAUCCAGAAGAAGCAGGCAAGUCUCACCAUCCGUGAUAGUUUCCGAAAGGAAGGCUGCCAACGAACGUGCUGCGCUCAUGAACCCACCAGCGCCUAAGAGGAGAGCUCCAUCUCCAGAUUCCUUCCUUUCAGGUAUGAUGAGAGUAUCUGGAGCAGCCAAUCCUCCUGCUCCUUCCAGAGAAGAUCAGUUCGGAAGAACCAGAAGCAAGCUAGCAGUAGCUGCUGCUCUAGCUAGAGUAAAAGGCCGCAGAUCAUCGAAAUCAUCUUCGGGUAGUUCAGGUUCAAGUUCAAGUGAUUCAGACUCAUCAGAUUCGAGCAGUUCCAGCAGCAGAGACGGCAGUCCACCUGUAAGAAGGCCUGCAGCGGUAGAAUUGGUAAAAGCAAUGGACGCACUCAAAGGUGGAGCUUUGGAGAAAAAACAGAUCAAGCUAAAUCUUAAAAAUCCAGUUGGUGCCAAGAAGCCUGAACUUGCAGAGUUUAGCCGAAAGGUUGAUUCUGUGCAAGGCAAGAAAAGGCAAGCAAGUUCUCCGCCUCCCGGUGAUCCGAAAUCUAAAAAGGCCACUUCAAGGAGGGAGGAAUUAUUGAAGCAGUUGAAAGCAGUGGAGGAUGCAAUUGCCAAGAAAAGAUCCAAAGUAUAGGAUUAGAAUAGAAUAGAUGCAGGUUUUCCCAUAAUGUUUAUUGAUGUUAUUUCAGUAUAUCAGAAGUACACUAAUUCGGACAUUUUUCAUGUAAAUAUAAUUAACCGAUAAUAGGAGACAUUAAUUUAAGUAUUACGAACUUUUCUAUAUAUGUUUAAUGUACUGUUUCUUUGAAGUCAACAUAAACUUUCUUGGAGUA